AUGGGUGAACCGGACAUCCAAACUAGUCAAUGGCGGCAUGUCGAGGUCGGCCGCGUCGUGCUCUUCAGCUCCGGAGCGUACGAAGGCCGCCUGGCUGCUAUCGUCGAGAUCAUUGAUCACAAGCGCGUGCUCGUUGACGGCCCAUCCUCCGACAAGGACAAGGUCGUUCCCCGCCAAUCCGUCGCCCUGUCAGGUCUCUCCCUCACGCCUAUCGUCAUCCCCAAGCUACCACGAGCCGCCGGUAAUGGAUUUGUGAAGAAGAUCUGGGAGUCGGAGGGAGUGGAGAGCAAGUUCGCGGAGAGCAACUGGGCAAAGACACAAGGCCGAUUCGCCAAGAGGAAGCAGCUGAACGACUUUGAGCGAUUCAAGGUUAUGAAGCUAAAGAAGGCGAGACGCUUCGAGGUCCAGAAGACCGUUGCCAAGCUCCGCGCGAGUGCGAAGGCGUAGAGAGGGGGCGUGGUCAGAGUUGUGGUUGAGUGAUAUUGGGGACUGGUCUAAAGAGUUCUCGAGC